AUGGCUUUAAUAGACGAAGACAACAAUGACAACGUAGAACGACAGAAUAAGGAAAUCGAUGUGGACUCUAACCAUUAUCCUACCCCCAUGCAUAGCGAUGAUAUUGAAGAUAGGGGACCCAAUUGUAGUCUAAGAAAGGGAGACCUCCAACCGGAACUUUCUGAGGUGCAACACAACAGGUCACCGAUAGAGGGUAUAGACCACCAAAUGAAUAAUGAUGGGGUUGCAGGAAGAGAUGUGACAACACUAGGCUCUAAAACUAUUCUUAAGACAAGAACUGGUGGGCCAAAAGCUCAUAAGAUUGCUACCUCAUUGGGUUUCGAGAAUGUUGAAGUGGUGGAUGCUCUAGGAUAUAGUGGCGGAAUAUGGGUGUUAUGGAACAAUGGGGCUUGGAAGUUCCAUGUCCUUGGCAUUCAAACCAGAGAUAGAAACACAAAAUACUUCCAUGCUAGAGUUAACACUAGGAAGAAGAGGAAUAAGAUCACAGCUUUAAAGAAUGAAGAUGGCGUAUGGAGCUUCACACAAGAAGAACUUAAAGAGAUUGCUCUCUCCUUCUAUAAGGAUCUUUUUUAUGCAGACGGCCCUUUUGACGCACCUUUGCAGUGCUCACUCUCCUAUCCUAGUGUUGAUAAUGCAAGUAAACAAGAAUUAGAGGGGAUUGUUUUUGAAGAAGAAAUAAAGCAAGCUAUUUUUAGCAUGGGGGCCCUUAAAUCUCCUGGCCCUGACGGUUUGAAUGCUUUGUUCUACCAAAGUCAAUGGAAACAUGUGAAUGUCUCUGUCAUCCAAUUUGUGAAGCAUGUGUUUGAAAAUCCCGCCACCGUCAAAAAAGUGAAUGGCACCCUACUUGUCUUAAUCCCAAAGAUGGAUCACCCUGAAACAAUUCGUGACUUCCGUCCCGAAGCAACACAGCAGAAAAGAUGGCGACCGAUUCGACUCCAUAAAGACGAUCCUCCAAUAUCACAUCUAUUUUUUGCUGAUGACCUCAUUUUAUUUGCCAAAGCUUCAAUUGAACAAGUAGCUGUGAUUAAGCCUUGUCUCGAUCGCUUUUGUUUAGCAUCUGGACAGAAAGUGAGUCAGAGCAAGACUGAGGUCAUGAUGAAUCUAAGAACAGGAGUAGGUAAUGAUGAAGACCAUUGGAAGGAGAGAUUUGGAGUAUAUUGUUGGCAUAUCUGGUAUCGUAGAAACUCUCGCAUCUUUGAGAACACUACCUCCUCUGCUCAAGCAACUUUAGAUAGAGCUCUAGCUAUCUUACACUCUUUUAUGGCAACUAAAGCUCAGUUGCAAAAUGUGAAUAUCAAUGGAGUGGUGAGAAGGAAUACUGAAGUAGAUAGCUGCAAAGAGAGUCGAGGAUGGGUUAGUGUGCAAGUAGAUGGUGCAGCUGCGAUGGAUGCAUCCAAGGCAAGUUAUGGAGGGGUGAUUCGCGACGAAGAAGGGAUAAUGAUGGAGGCUUGCAUGUUCCAUAUUGGACAUGGAGACGCCUUGCAUGCAGAACUCUGGGCCAUUUUACUGGGUUUGAGACGAGUUUGGGAUUGGGGUUACAAACAGGUGAAGCUUUGGAGUGACUGUACAGAGGCCAUCGAGUUGGUUAGAAGGGGGAGGACGCCUUACACAAAGACUGGACUCUCAUCACUUAGCAAAACGCGGCCUCUCGAGCCCCCAAGAUCUGCAGGUCCUUCCACUGGAUGCGCUUUCAUGAACUAUGGAUCCAAUGCUCAACUCAUACCAGGAGAUGAAGUGAAAGCUCUAAAAACAAUAUCAUCAAAGAUAGAAAACUUGAAUUGGGAUGUGAGCCCACGUUCUUGUGUCGAUGAUGGCUUCAAAAAUGAGAUCAUUAGUGGAAUGAAUAGCAUCGUAAGGAAUGUAACAUGCGAUUGCAGCUUCUCAAAUGGAAAAGUUUGUCAUGUUACAAAUAUCGAUAUGACGGGAUUUAAUCUAUCUGGAGUUUUACCAAGUGAAUUUGGAUUCCUUAGCCAUUUGCAAGUAUUUGAUUUGUCUCACAACUAUCUAAACGGAUCAAUCCCAAGGAGCUUUGCUAGACCCCCUCUUGUUGCAUUAAAAGUGAUCAUAACGCUACACCUUCCGGAUAACGCAAUCAGUGGUCCGAUUCCAGAUGAAAUUGGUGAAAUUACAACUUUAGAAGAUUUAAGCUUGAAUGAUAAUCUAAUGGAAGGGACUCUUCCUUCUAGUCUCGGAAAAUUGACCCAAUUACGCAUGCUGGAUCUUACUGGAAAUAACUUCUUGGGGGCCAUACCCGAAAGUUUUGGUAAUCUGACAAAACUGGAAUAUAUCUCUUUAGAUGGCACCAACAUAUCAGGAAAAUUACCCAAUUUUAUUGGGAACUGGACCCAACUCCAGGUAAUGUAUUUGGAGGGAACGUCUAUGGAAGGCCCCAUUCCUAUAACCAUAUCUCACUUAACAUAUUUGUCUAGUAUGAUGAUAACUGAUUUGCAUGGACCAAUGAUAAUGGGAUUUCCUAAUUUGGAGAAUUUGACGUCCUUGCGAUACCUGGUGUUGAGAAAUUGCUCCAUCCAUGAUUCCAUUCCAAAUUAUAUUGGUAAAAUGCAAAACUUAAAUAAAGUAGAUUUGAGCUUCAACAAGUUGACUGGUAAAAUCCCAAACAGUAUAAGUAGCUUGACCUACCUAGAUCUCAUGAUUCUAACUGAAAAUUCUCUGACCGGAAAAAUUCCUGAUUGGAUAUUUCAACAGCAAAACAAUGGUGUUUCUUUUGAUUUAUCUUACAACAAUUUUUCAGAGACUUCUGCGACUACUUGUCAGUAUGGAAAAAUAAACUUGGUUUCAAGUCUAUCAUCUUCAGCAAACGCCUCGCGUACUUGCCUAAAAAGGGGCCUUCCUUGUGGGGAAAAACCCAAGUAUCAUUCAUUGUUCAUAAACUGUGGAGGACCAGAGACUGAAUAUGAGGGGAAUAAAUAUGAAGGAGACAACAAUCCUAAUGGUGCCUCAUACUUUUUUGCUAGUGAAGAUAAAUGGGCUUAUAGUAGCACAGGAGUAGAAACUUACGAAUAUUCUAAUAGUAAUUACAUAAUAACAAAAGUAUCUUCCCUUGAUAUUGUUGGUCCUGACUUCUACCAAACAGCUCGCGUUUCCCCUGUGUCUCUCAAGUACUAUGGCCUUUGUAUGAUUAAUGGAAAUUACAACGUCAAACUAUAUUUUGCUGAGAUUAUGUAUUCUUAUGACCAAAAUUUCCAUCACACUGGAAGGCGCAUAUUUGAUGUUUCAAUCCAAGGUAGGAACUAUUUACAUGAUUUCAAUAUUAUGAGGGAAGCUGGUGGCGUUGGUAAGGGCAUUGUCAAGGACUUUAAUGUUGAUGUUAAUAAUAACACCUUGGAGAUUCAUUUGUACUGGGCUGGAAAAGGAACUACCACUAUUCCUACUUAUGGUGUAUAUGGACCUCUUAUAUCUGCUAUUUCGAUCACCCCAAAUUUCAAAAUUCCUCGAAUUUCUGGUGGAACAAUUGCCGGAAUUGUGGUUGGAUCAUGCGUGUUCCUCAUCAUACUAAUAAUAAUAUUCGUCCUUCAAAAAAUGGGCUUACUAGCUGACAGAGAUUCAAAAGACAAACAACUUUUAGAUCUAAAAACAGGUUAUUUCUCUUUGAAACAAAUCAAAGGUGCCACUAAUAACUUUGCCCCAGAAAAUAAGAUUGGUGAAGGAGGUUUUGGACCGGUGUACAAGGGUACAUUAUCAAAUGGCGUUGUCAUAGCUGUGAAACAGCUUUCCUCUAAAUCAAAGCAAGGGAAUCGUGAAUUUGUUAAUGAAAUUGGAAUGAUUUCUGCUUUGCAACACCCAAACCUCGCAAAGCUUUAUGGAUGUUGUGUUGAAGGAAAUCAAUUGUUGCUGAUAUAUGAGUACAUGGAGAACAAUAGUCUUGCUAGUGCUCUUUUUGGUGGCCAGGGACAAAAGAUACACUUGGACUGGCCUACAAGAAUGAAGAUAUGUGUAGGAAUAGCAAGAGGAUUGGCUUAUCUUCAUGAGGAAUCAAGGUUGAAAAUUGUGCAUAGGGAUAUUAAGGCAACAAAUGUCUUACUUGAUAAAGAUUUGAAUGCCAAGAUCUCAGAUUUUGGAUUAGCCAAGCUUAAUGAAGAUGAGAAUACUCAUAUAAGCACAAGAAUAGCAGGAACAAUUGGUUAUAUGGCUCCUGAAUAUGCAAUGCGAGGAUACUUGACUGAUAAAGCAGAUGUUUAUAGUUUUGGAGUUGUUGCCUUAGAAAUAGUUAGUGGAAAAAGCAACACAAGUUAUAGGCUAAGAGAGAACUUUGUUUACCUUCUUGACUGGGCUUAUGUUCUUCAAGAGCAAGGAAACCUUCUUGAGCUAGUGGAUGCAAGUCUUGGUUCAAGCUACUCCUCACAGGAAGUCAUGAGAAUGCUGGAGCUAGCACUCCUAUGUACUAACCCAUCUCCAACUCUGAGGCCAUCCAUGUCCUCUGUUGUUUUCAUGCUUGAAGGAAAGUUGCCAAUCCAAGCCCUAACAAUCAAACAUCGGGAGAGUGACCAACAGGUUGCAAGAUUCAAGGCCUUUGAGAUACAAUCAUCUCAAGAAAGCCAUAGCCAAAACUUUAGUUCUUCUUCUACAUCAAAAUCACAUGAAAAUAUGAAGCAAAGGGCUGAAGCAACGGAUAGUGCAGCAUCACAAUGCGAUCGUAGUAGUUAA